AUGUCUCUCGUUAUCGUCGUCUCGCUCCUCUUGCUCUGCGCAUCGCAGCCGUCCGUCACGGCGCAGAUGUCAGGCGGGCAGAUCGGCGGCGAGGCGGGUAUCGAGCGAGCCAUGUCUCUUUACCGAUUAUGGGAGGAGGCCUACGGAUUGAAACACGACAUCCACAUGCCACCCUCAAAGAUUUCCUUGCCGGCCAUCGUGCCGCCCGCGCCGCACCUGGAGGACUGCGAGGUGCUGACAGCGGCGAGGACGGCGUCGGAGAGACGCGAAGGCAAUGGACAGCCUCCUCUGUGGGCGCGGCCGGCUGUUAACUGCUCCGAAUGCAACCCGCAACCACCAUGGGUGCGCGGAUCCGAUGCGGACAACCUACCGCUGACGCGCGUGGCGCAGCGCGAUCUGUGGGAGCACCAGAUCUUCAACGGCCGCUGCGACGGCAAGCGCCUGCUCGUCGUGCCCUGGCCCUCAGCGGCCCGUCACGGCGUGGGCUCGCAGAUACACCUAAUGAGCGCUUUCCUGAGCCUGGCCUUGAUCUACAACCGCGUACUCGUGCCCACGCCUGGCUCGUACGACCGCGCGCUCACCGAGAUAUGCAAUGCCACGAAGAUGAGCGGGUCGUGGAAUUGCUACUUCUUCCCCAUAGUGAAUCCGGACUGUGAGCGCGUCGUGACGGAUAUGAUCGCCAAGAACACCAUGCCGGCCAUGUCCUCGGACGACAAGGCCCAUGACCGCAUUGCUUCCUCGGAAGACCUUAUCGCUCACCUUGACUCCAACGCUGACAGGGAGCUGUCUUACGAGUCCCGUGCUGCCAAUCUGUGGUCAAGGAAUCAGCCUUGUACACUGAUUGGAGGUUCCUCUACUCCUCCAACGCGCGCCAGCCCGUGGAUUCCAGGGGGAACCGCGAGCACGAGAGGAGGGGUUAAGAAUUGA